AAUAGUUAUAACUAUGUCUGUGAAUGUUUUCAGAAUCAUGGCUGUGGACUGGCUUGGUUUCGGAUACGCUGCCCUCUUGGCCUUUGGUGGCCUAAUGGGGUUUUCUCGGAAAGGUAGUAUUGUAUCCUUGGCAGCUGGUCUCACGUUUGGCUUGCUUGCUGCUUAUGGGGCAUUAUGUGUUUCAUAUAAUCCUAGAGACAUCAAGAUAUCAUUGAUUGCUCCAGGUUCUCUAAGUUUAAUAAUGGGCCUGAGAUACAAUAGAUCAAAGAAGAUCAUGCCUGCCGGAAUUGUAGCUGGAGUUAGCAUUUUUAUGGUGUUGAAGCUCUUGUUCAAUCUCAGUUAGAGGGAUGUGCACCUGAUGGAAAAGAAACCAACAAACAACCCCUUUUGAUGUACACAUCAGAAGACUUCCAUUUUAUACAUUCUACUGUAACAUGACAUAUGCACUGAUUCUUAAAUCAUUCCAUAAUUUGCAUUGUACUAAUUUUUGCAUCUUGGCUUUUAUAUUGU